ACGCUGGCAAGUUCUAGUUUGGCGGGAAAAAAACUCAAUUUCCCAGAAAACACCGCGGCACCGUCCAGUCCAUCUCGUGCUGUAGCUUUCUGGACCACAUUAGGUUAACAAUGCCCUGAGUCUCAGCUGCUGGAUAGCUUGCUGUCAAACAAUGUCACACGGUGGAACAGAGCAAAGGUCAACAGUUUCUCUUACAUGUGAACGACGGCAUGCUAGCAGUCCACCUAGCGUUUCAUCACCCUGUAAAAUGGUUCAUUCCAUGUAGCUCAGUCUCUAUUGGCUCACAGAGGACCAAACAGUGUUAAAAAUUUGUUCUAUCAGUCCCCUAAGAGCAGAUUUUUUUUUUCUUCUUUUUAUUUUCUUUUUUUUCCCAUGCUGAUCUGACACAGCUAAAAAGUUGCACUCUUCAUCCCUGGGUGACCGACAUCCAGCUGCCACAAUGGCAGCAGACGACCUAAUGGACGGAUCAGAUGGGGAGAAAUAUGUGGAUCUUAAAACACCCCCGUCGGAAGACGCUGAGGAUCACGGAGACGCGGAAACGGCCACGGCCCCGGCUCCGGCCGAGGAACCGGCAGAGGAUGCCAAAAAGCUGAAGUGCUCGGUCAUAUUUUUGUGCUUCUACGGCUUCAUGUCUUCCAUAAGGCCCGGGGAGGCCUUCAUUACACCCAAUUUGUUGAGCUCGGAGAAAAACUUCACUGAAGUGCAGGUGACCAAUGAGAUAACUCCGGUGUUGACGUACUCCUACAUGGUGUCGUUGGUGCCGGCCUUCCUGCUGACGGAUCUCCUGCGCUAUAAGCCGGUCCUGAUCAUCCAGGGCAUCAGCCAUGUGGUCAUCUGGCUUCUCAUGCUCCUGGGCACCACACUGAUUCACAUACAGCUGAUGGAGUUCUUCUACGGCAUCACCAUGGCCUGCCGCGUAGCCUACUCCUCCUACAUCUUCUCCUUAGUGAGCCCUGCUUUCUAUCAGCGCGUGGCGGGCUACUCCCGCUCCUCCGUCCUGCUGGGGGUCUUCACCAGCUCCGUGCUGGGACAGCUCUGCAGGUCUGUGGGCAACGUCUCCUACUACACCCUGGAUGCCAUCUGUUUGGGGUUUGUGAGCUUCGGAUUGGUGCUUUCCUUCUGCCUGCCCUGGCCGAAGCGCUCCCUGUUUUUCAAUCGGAUGAAGAACCAGGAGCCAAAGGAGCUGGAAGCAGCUCAGUCAGAACUGGAUAAAAUUAACCCCAAACCGGGAGGUUUGUCCUCGACGUCAUGUUGGAAAGAUUCGGUUUUUGUCCAGAUGCUGCUGGAGUUGAGAAACGUGGUGAGGAGGCCCAACCUGAGGCUCUGGUCCAUGUGGUGGGUCCUCAACUCCACAGGAUAUUACCUGGUGCUGUUCUACGUCCACAUCCUGUGGAACAGAGUGUAUUCCACCGCCUCCUACAACGGGGCAGUAGAGGCGGCUUCAACACUACUGAGUGCAGCCACCUCCUUUGCAGCGGGCUACGCUAAAAUCCGGUGGAACAUCUGGUCGGAGCUGGUCAUCUGUGUUAUCACGGCCCUGCAGGCUUGCUUGCUGCUGCUUAUGGGCAACACGCAAAACAUUUGGGUCUGUUAUGCUUGUUACAUCCUCUUCAGAGGCUUCUACCAGUUCCUGGUGCCUAUUGCUACUUUCCAGAUCGCAUCAUCGCUCACCAAGGAGCUGUGUGCUCUGGUGUUCGGCAUCAACACCUUCUUAGCGACGAUACUGAAGAGCAUCAUCAACUUGAUAUUUUCAGACAAGAGGGGGCUGGGACUAGACAUAUACGCUCAGUUCUUAGUCUACUUCAUUUACUUCUGCCUGCUCACUGUGCUGUACACCGUCAGCGCUGCCUUCGUCCUCAUCCGUCACUUCAGGAACCAGCAGAGGGAGCGGCUCGCCUCAGCCAGAGGGCCGCCAACAGAACUCAGCCCUGUGCCACAAACCCCCGAAGCAGAACCUCUAUCUAACGGGAAAAGUGCCUGAACGUAAAGGCAGCAGCUGGUGAACUCCGAGCAGAACCAAUCAGUAAUUUCUGAGCCUUAAUCAUAGAAGUGCCUCAUCUUCUGCUGUGUGAAGCCUUUUUGCACUACGACACCAUAAAUAAAAUAGUGAACUCACAGCUUAUCCGGUUUCAAGUAUUAAUUAUUUGUACCGGAGCACUCCCAUUGUACACGUUACAACUGCCGUUAGAUAAGAUCCGAUUAGAAAUAACAUCACUGUUUUUAUUAACUGAAUUGUAUUUUGUGAUAAAAUGAGAUCCUCAAUGAUAAAAAAUGUGACUAGAAACUGCAGGUUUUUAUUCAGUGGUUAAUUUUUUUAAUCUUGUAUUAAUUUGUAUUUGAUGCAUUGGAAUAAGCUCCAUUUUGUUUAGUUUUUUUUUUAGGAGAAAUCAUUGCUACUCAAGAUAUUCCCUUAAAAAGUUGGGUUUUCACCACAGUUAAAGAUCUAAGAAAAAUAAAGGCUGCUUUUACUUUGAAAUUCAUAGGAAUGUAGUGUUACCUAAUCUUACAAGGGGACGUUUUAUUCCUCCACAGGAAAUGUAGCUGAAGUUUCAUAUUUUCCAAUAACAGUUUUUUUUUUUAGGGUACCGUUACUUAUAUAAUGUGCACACUGUAUUUUAUUCUGAUUUAAAUCAUUGCUGAAAUAUGCUGUAUGACAGGAAAUAGUGUUUUUUAUUCAAAAAUAAAAUGAAGUAGUGGAUAAAUGAAUAC